AGGCACUUCCUUCUUCCGACCACACUGGUUGCUCUCAGUCGGGUUAAAGGAGGUCUGGUAUCGGUGACUAUGGGGCUCCAGAAGCUGCUCCGCGGCCGCCUCCACUGACUCCUCCGCCUUUUCUCGAGCAGCCGCGGCCGGUGACACCGACCCGAAUCCGGAAGAGUUCGGAGUUGUGGUGCGUUUAAGUGCUCGGAGCCCUCUUUCGCCGCAAUGGCUGCGACGUAGCGCAACUUUUUGGGUCCGCGGCGGAUGAACGAGUGCGCUCCGAGGAACUUUUACUGACUCUGAGGAGACGCGGAGGAGGAAGAAAACAUGAAGAAGCAGUUUAAUCGCAUGAAGCAGCUCGCCAACCAGACUGUGGGAAGGGCUGAGAAGACUGAGGUGCUGAGUGAUGACCUCCUGCAGAUCGAGAGGCGGAUGGAGCUGGUGCGUUUGCUGUUGCACAACACACACAAGAGGCUGGUGUCCUGUCUGCAGGGUCAACUGGGCACAGACACGGAGAAGAGACAUAAAAAGCUGCCCCUGACGACGCUGUCUCAGGCCAUGCAGGAGGGAGGCGGUCAGCUGGGAGACGAGAGCCUGAUUGGCAAGAUGAUGGACGUGUGUGGGGAGGCGGAGGGCAGGUUAGCGACUGAACUGAUGCAGCAUGAAGUCCAGAUUGAGAGAGACAUCCUGGAUCCUCUCACCCAGCUGGCCGAGGUCGAGAUUCCCAAUAUACUGAAACAGAGAAAACAACUCGCCAAGCUGGUUCUAGACUACGACUCGGCCAAGACAAGAUGGUACCAGGCGACCAAGUCCAACAACCAGGCCAUGGCAGCUAAGGCAGAUUCUCUCAAAGACGAGAUGGACGAGGCUCUCAACAAAGUAGAAAUAUGCAAGGACCAGCUCUCUGCAGACAUGUACAGCUUUGCUUCCAAAGAGGGGGAUUAUGCACGCUAUUAUGUCAUGCUGUUAGAAGCCCAGGCGGACUACCACAGGAGGUCUCUGGCAGCUCUGGAGGCAGCUAUACCGACUAUCCAAACACAGCAAGACUCCUGGAUGGAGAAGCCGGCGUUCGGCACGGCGCUGGAGGAGCACCUGAAGAGGAGCAACCGCGAGAUCGCUCUGCCCAUCGAGGCCUGCGUCAUGAUGCUGCUGGAGACCGGCAUGAAGGAGGAGGGUCUCUUCAGAAUAGCUGCCGGAGCUUCGAAGCUGAAGAAGCUCAAAGCGGCGCUGGACUGCUCCACCUCGCAGCUCGAGGAGUUCUACUCUGAUCCCCACGCCGUCGCUGGAGCCCUGAAGUCCUACCUCAGGGAACUUCCUGAACCUCUAAUGACUUUUGGCCAGUACGACGAGUGGCUGCAGGCCUCCAAUGUGUCUGACCCUGACAAGAGGCUUCAGGCCUUGUGGGUGACAUGUGACCGUUUGCCAAAGACCCACAAGGCGAACCUCAGGUAUCUGGUGAAGUUUCUGGCUAAACUGGCUCAGGACAGCGAGGUCAAUAAGAUGACUCCCAGCAACAUCGCCAUAGUGCUGGGGCCCAACCUGCUCUGGGCAAAGACUGAGGGGACGCUGGCAGAGAUGGCAGCGGCUACGUCUGUCCACGUGGUCGCCAUCAUCGAGCCCAUUAUCCAGCAUGCUGAUUGGUUCUUUCCAGAAGACGUGGACUUCAACGUUUCGGGCAUGUUCGCCAUGCCCACCCACCCAGCCACCCCAGACCCCGAGCCCGGCAUGGAGAGGAAACGCCCCGGCAGCCUGGUGGGGCAGGACGGGGACAGUCACACCCCCCGUAAAGACAGCACUGUUAACAAACAGCCGGAGCCCGCUCCACGUAGAGCCGCCGCUGUAAAUAGAAAGCAGCCACAGCUAACCUCACCCACCUUCCAACCCCCACUGCCCCCUCUGGAAGCCUGGGCCCAGCCUGAGCCCCAGCCUCCAUCCCCGGCUACAGAGGCUGAGCAGCCUGGCCUGAGUGUUGGUGGUGGUGGUGGUGUUGUUGGAGGUGGUCUGGGUGGUGGGGUCCAGGUAGCCACAGUGAAACCUCAGGUUGUAAGCCAGCUCAGCGCAGAGGAGAGCAGCCCAGCCCGAGAGCUCAUGUCCACCCCCCCUCCCCAGAGGAAUGGUUCAGCCCAUCUUGCAGUGGGAACCCCCUACUCUCAGGGUGGAUCCAGGGGCCCCAGUCCACACUUGGUUCGCAGAGGCACCAAGAAGCAGGCCCCAGCCCCACCCAAACAAGCCAGCCCCUUUGCCUCCCAGUCACCAGGCUCACCUCAUCACCCACCCAUCACCCCCCGCCGCAACCCCAGCAAAGACAGCCUCAUCCACGCCCCGAACCACCCGCCCCCACAGCCUCCUCAAGUCCACCACGCCCAGGGGGAGUCGGAGCCCUCGCCCCCGAGCACUCCCACACCUCCCGACACUCCGCCCCAUGAUGGCUCGCACUCCAACCCGCUGUCUUCCUACCCCACUGGGUCUCUGCCGCGCCCCUCCAGGCCAGCUCCUAGGCCAAGGCCCCGACCCAGCAUGCCGCCACCCCCCCAGCCUGCAGCAAAUGACAAUGGUAAUGGAAUCUGCAGCUCCGCCUCCAAGAUCAUAACAGACGGAGGCCUGCUCCUAAAGGGGACUGGACGAGCCCUCAUCCCUGAGGUGAUUGUGGACCAACGAGGGGAGAGCUCUGCUGGUCAAGAGCCCGCCACCAACCCAGCCCCGCCCCUAGACCCUCAGACCCAGACAGAGACAGAGACAGAGAGCACCAUUCUGUGAAUAAAAAAAAAAAAGAAAGCGGGAUCAUCGAAAAUCCUCCUCCGCUCAGCUGGCCCACGCAACAGAUUCGAAAGCUUAAAAUCAAAUAUCAGAGAGGUCACUCAAACGCAUCCGCUCACUCCAGCUCUGCAGGCUUCACUCACAUGAUGCCAGACUGCUCUCUGGGAAAAACAAACAAGCUUUUCUCUGACACUCAAACCAGAAACCUCAUCUUCCAGUGGUGGCGUGAACUGAAAAAGCUCCUGUCCAGCUCUUAGACUUCAUAUCAGGCUCUCUUUGUUCUAUGUACUGCUGGGUAUUUUCAGAUUGGACUGCAGAACCUCGCUAGACUCAAGGCUAAUGGGACUUAAAUACAUAACCUGAACACACAGCAGCUGAACUCGGCUUCUGUUUAAAAUGUUGCUUUCGAGACUUUUGAUUGAAAGCUAUGAAUGUUUUUUGAGAGAGAGAAAUCUGCCGUUCAGCAGCGCAGCUGUGUGGAGAUGUCCGAGUGUUGGGCAGCUGCUGAUGAUCUAUUUAUCAGUAAACACAAUCACAUUCUGGCAUUUUCAGAAUCAUUUUCCAAACUUUCAGAUAUUUGCCAAACACUUAAGCACCAAACACAUCAGGACCAAAGACGUGGCUGUGGGCCAAUGGAAAUCUGAUAAAAAUUUAGAGCUGCUCGGCUUAUAUUAUGGUUGCUAAUGACCAAACAUUUUGGCAAGAGUGCAAUAAAAAACGCAGUCGUCUUCCAGCGGUGUCCUCUCCACAGCACGUGUGCUGUCAUUUUGGUAUUUCAGGCAGUUUUCCUUCCAGUAAUCCAGCGGGGGGAGAAUUUUAUUUUGUUUUCCAUCUGAAUUUUAUUUGAUUUCGACUGACCUGAUUUACCGAGCUCAAAUUUUUUUCUUCUUUGAUGCUCAAGGAUUAGCUUUUAUCAUUAAAAGGGAUUUUUCUACCAAACUGAUUGUGAUAAUUGUGUUUAGACAUUAUAAAUCCUGUAUCUGAUCACUCCCCCUCGAGCUCAAAGCUAUGACCAAAUACAGCCAAAUGGUGCAAUUCCUGUUUGUGUGUUGUUUUUAUUGCAGCUGACAAUCUUUUUACAUUGUUGAGGUGUUAUUCAGCUCUUUGAUUACGUUUUUUUUUAUUUCUUAUUUUCAGCUUUUUUUUUAUGUUGGCUUUUCUGCACACAAUGCAUCAUUACUCUCAAUAAUUAAAUACUGUUCAACAUUUUA